GUCGAGGACAACAACUCACUACCUCUGUCUCUAUCGCCCGUGAUUCUGCACAGCUGAAUCUCUUCUGAAUCAUUCAACUACAAAGAAUAAUUUCAGCACCAUGACCAGAGAUCAAUUCCUCCUGUUUAUAAUGAAAUGAAUUGAACUUUUUGCUGCUACACUUCUAGAUGAGGCAGCACAUGAUGCUUGCAUAUGAUAUGAUCACUUUCCAAUCUAUUAUGAUGAGGAAUAUGUAGAAAAAUAGCAGUUGGACAGGUAUACAGAGGAACCAUGCUUGGAAGUGUAGUCAGUGUACCUCUUUAUUGUGUGUCUGUGUAGUCUAACUGCUGUAAACUUUAAUUUAUAAUUAAAUUAUAGUUCUAUUUGCAUUGACUCCAAGCAGCCAAAAUGACUUCACCUUAUAACGAUGAGACCAGAAGUGAUAUAUCAGAGUCUCUGGAAGUCUGUGAAUUCGAGGGACAGUACGGAGAUCCGGGUGGCUACUACAAAUCCAAAAGCUUGCCUGUUCUUAAUGGCAGCUGUCCGAAUGUUAAUGAGACGUUUGAACCGAGGCUGGUCAGCACGACGCAGACUUUAGUAAAUACUGACCAGUGCUUGGUGUUCAAUGAGCUGCGGCAGAAAGGAGACUCAAGCGAACUGGAUUCACCCACCAGGACUGAUUUCUCCCCUUCGAUGUCCAGUAUGGUGGGUCUUAGUAGCUCAAUGAAAACUGAGCCCAACCGAGCCGGUGGCAAAAAAAUAGGCUUUUCAUUGGCAAGAUUCAUCCGCUUUCCUGUGAGGAAGUACAUGAGGGUGAUUCUGUCAGACUCUAGGUGUUUUCUGUUCUGUAUGUGUUACCUGACGUUCAUCCAGUCGUUGAUGGUCUCGGGCUACCUUAGUAGUGUCAUCACCACUAUAGAAAAGAGAUACAGCCUUAGAAGCUCUGAAUCAGGACUGCUGGUUAGCUGCUUUGACAUUGGAAGUCUGUUGGUGGUGGUCUUCAUCAGUUAUUUCGGGGGUCGAGGCCAGAGGCCACGCUGGUUGGCGGUAGGUGGGGUGUUUAUCGCUGUGGGAGCAGCUCUCUUCUCCCUUCCACAUUUUAUCUCUCCACCCUAUCAAAUCCAAGAGGUCAACUCCUCCACGGGGAACAAGGGCCUGUGCUUGAAUGGGAACGGGAGCAGAAGGGACGCUCUGGACGUGUCGUCCUGUGCACGAGACCAAGAGGGCAACGAUCACUCCAUAUAUGUUGCCCUAUUCAUCUGCGCCCAGGUCCUGGUGGGCAUGGGAUCCACUCCCAUCUACACGCUGGGACCAACGUACCUGGAUGAUAACGUGAAAAAGGAGAACGCAUCCCUCUACCUUGCUAUUAUGUAUGUGAUGGGUGCUCUGGGGCCAGCUGCGGGUUACCUCCUGGGAGGCGUUCUGAUUGGUUUCUACGUGGAUCCCAAAACAAUUGCCAACAUUGAGCAAAGUGAUCCACGCUUUGUUGGCAACUGGUGGAGUGGUUUCCUGCUCUGUGCUUUCGCCAUGCUGUUGGUCAUCUUCCCCAUGUUCGCUUUUCCCAAAAAACUGCCCCCUCGUCACAAGAAGAAGAAGAAAAAGAACGGGACGGACAGCACUUCUAAUGACGACGAUGUCCUGAAAGAGAAAUCCAACAGCAAAGGCCAGACCGUGGCGUCCUCCAUGGGCUUUGGGAAGGACAUCAAAGACCUCCCCAAGGCUGCCAUAAGGAUCCUCAGCAACAUGACGUUUCUGUUUGUGAGUCUGUCCUACACGGCCGAGAGUGCCAUUGUCACUGCCUUCAUCACCUUCAUCCCCAAGUUCAUCGAGUCGCAGUUUGGAAUCCCUGCCUCCAACGCCAGCAUAUACACAGGGGUCAUUAUCGUGCCCAGUGCAGGCGUGGGCAUCGUACUGGGUGGCUACAUCAUAAAGAAACUUAAGCUUGGAGCUCGUGAGUCUGCCAAGCUGGCCAUGAUCUGCAGUGGGGUGUCUCUUCUGUGCUUCUCCACCCUCUUCAUUGUGGGCUGUGAGAGCAUAAACCUGGGCGGCAUCAAUAUCCCUUAUACCACAGGGCCGACCCUCACUCUGACCCACAGAAACCUGACUGGAGGCUGUAAUGUGAAUUGUGGCUGUCGGAUCAACGAGUAUGCUCCUGUGUGUGGCUCAGAUGGCAUCACAUAUUUCAACCCCUGCCUGGCGGGAUGCAGUAUGGUUGGCAAUGACAGCACUGGGAUCAGAAACUACACAGACUGUGCAUGCGUGCAGAGCAGACAGGUCAUCACCCCACCCACCAGCGGCCAAGGCAACCAGCUGCAGCUGGUCAUAGUGAAGACCUACCUGAACGAGAACGGAUUCGCUGUGUCAGGGAAGUGUGAUCGCACCUGCAACACGCUCAUCCCCUUCCUCAUCUUCCUCUUCAUUGUUACGCUCAUCACAGCUUGUGCACAACCCUCCGCCAUUAUCGUCACUCUCAGGUCAGUAGAAGAGCAAGAAAGACCAUUUGCUUUAGGAAUGCAGUUUGUGCUGCUAAGAACUCUGGCCUACAUUCCCACACCCAUCUACUUUGGGGCGGUGAUUGACACCACCUGUAUGCUGUGGCAGCAGGACUGUGGCGUUCACGGCUCUUGCUGGGAGUACGACGUCACUUCUUUCCGCUUCGUUUACUUCGGCCUGGCUGCCAGCCUCAAAUUUGUGGGCUUCGUGUUCAUCUUCCUCACCUGGUACUCAAUUAAAUACAAAGAGGAUCGGCUGAAGCGCUGGCAGCAGCAUCUGCCACCUCUGGGCACCGUCAGCGAGCUCAUCUGUCAUGCAGGAGGCCACAAGAGCCACGCUCGCACCCGCUCCUGCCCUGUUUUCACACCCCGCCCCGAGCCCCCUGAGCAGCCCGCUCUUAAUCGCGGACACUGCAGCCAGAGCUGCCCUGGAAACACCCUCAAAGCAAUAACCCCACCUGCCCGCUCAAUGCAGGAAAUGAAUCGCAUCUGAAGACGCGUCCCCCGACAUCUGCCUCCAUGUGCCUUCCUGUCAGGUGUCCUUCUCUACGACAAGACAGGGCCAACGUACGCCUGUUUUUCCUCCCGCGCGACUUUCAGGGGCUUGCUGCGCUCGCCGAUCUCAAUGUCACCAGUACAAUCUCACAGCAAAUACAUGUCACGUAAAAAUCAUACCGUAUUUGCUGUAGAAGCGUAUGGAAGACAUCUCAUGGUGCUAAAAGGGGAAGAGGGAGGACAUUUCUUUGUCUCUGAUCUUGGAUGACAAGAUGAUUAUAUCAAAGACGUACCACAAGCACAAAUAGAAAUCAGUUCUAUGCAACACCGUACUGCAUUACAGCCUCCAGGCAGUUUAUCAUCAUCAUUCGCAACAGUAUUCCCAACAGAAGAACAUCUCACAUGGUCUUUCUGAACAAGUCUUUGAAAAAUUCACAUCGCAAUGGUGUAAAUAACUCCCUUCUGGCUAGUUCUGAAGGGGUUGGUUAUCGUCAAUGUGAUUUGGGUGGUAUUCAAGGAGCUGUACAGGAACAUUCAGCCUCCUCCAGACAGAUCACAGUGCUGUAUGUGAAUUCAGUGCCUCAAAUUGCCCCAUCAGCAGUGAGGUCUGCUGGCUAUCAGGCUGAGCACUGAGUGGACUGCUAAAAUGCAUUUUGAGAAGGACUUCAAAGCCUAGUCUUCUCAUUCUUCAUCUUCAUAAUCAUUCUGUCUGUUCAGUGAUUGACUCUCAAUGGCGAUGUGUUUUGAUGCAUACUGUGGGAUCAGAUGUUAGCAUGAUUUAGCAGAGAUGUUGUUCAGUGGUCCAAUAUCAGGUCUCGAAAAAGUUCAGACCUAUUUGAUGGAUUUUUUGGUGAAUCCGUAUUCAAAUCAGUUUUGUUUUUUUUGUAGUGUGAACAGCAAAAAACACAUGAAAUCUGAUGUUUACAAACCUGAUCUAAACUGGAUUCACAUCUAGUUUGAAAUCUGAUUCAAAACUGUUUUUUUUCUCAGUAUGAACGAUUUGAUCAGACUUGGAUUGACAAAUCGAAUGUGUCCGUUUUCGCUCUCUCUUCCCUUAUAUACACUCCUAAAAAGUAUGUAUAUAAGGUUCUUCUAUGGUAUUGCUGCGAAAACCUCCAUUUUGGAACCUUAAUUUUUAAGAGUGUGUAGCAAACAGUAACAUUUAUUAUGUAGUGAAUUAGUGAACAAGUCAGUGGUUUUCAACAGUAUGAUUUCCUAAACUCAAGCGUAAAUGUCAUGACAAUUUUAUUAUUUUGUUCUCUCUUUCCACUCUUAAGGCCUAUUCACACCACGAAUAAUAAGUAACAAAGAUAACAAUAACUAUAAGCAUUCACACCAACGGACAAUCUUUUUUUUUUUUCUCUGCCACUUUAAAUACUUAAGCUCAUUAAAGUCAGGUGGAUUCUGAUUGGCUGUCAAUUUUUAUCGUUCAUCAGCUGAAAAAAAAAAAAAAAUUAUGAAUGUGAUAUUGCUUCUCUGUCAUUAUCAUUGUGGUGUGGAAUUAGAAUGCUUAUUAAAGCUAUAUUAUUAUAGUUUUGGUCGUUGGUGUGAACGGCCCUUUGCACUCAAUAUGAGAGUUUCUUGGCAUAGUGUUGACCUUAUCAUUACUAAAGCAACUAAUGUUGCAACCAAACAUUGACUACACCUCAAAAGUGUCAUUCCUAAAGGUCGGAUUUGAAAACCAAAUCGGAUUUGUGUGCAGCGUGAACAAAGCGAGUCAAUCUCCGAUUCAAAUGAGGAAGACUCAUUCGACCACUCAUGUACCUAAGCAUGUCUGAGCAGUUUUAGUGAUAGCAUUCGUAAAGCCAUAGCAGAAUCAGAAUGGAUUCUCAGCUUUGGUUUGGGAGCUGCUGACUUAUAUGAGCAUGUGCUCCAGCUAAAGCGUGAUCCUCAAGCACUGGCUCUAUUCUUAUGCACCAACUAUGUAUAAUUCAACUUCUGCCUAAAAAUAUGCAAACCUCAGAUUUUCAGUACUCUGUGAUGGGUUUAUAAUGCCAAUUUGGCAGUUCAUUAGAAAUACAGUAUUUAGAUCAAUACACAGUACAGAAGUCAUGAAUUAUUUAGCCAUGUGCAAUGAUUUACAUUGGUAUUAUUGGGUUCAGUUAUGAUUUAUGAGGGACUAACAUGGUAGUUAGAUACUUAAUGCUUAGCAUGCAUACAACAAUAACCCAGCUUUUAAGCCGGGUUCACACUGUACGAUUUUGGCCACAAGACAGAGUCUUUGAUCGCUAGUUUGACAUGUUCACCUACAGCCGAUUAAUGAUCAUUGCGAUCAAAUUUUACCUCAGACGAAAUUCUGGCAGUGUCAGAAGUUUUGACUCACAGUCCUGUAGUGUGACUUCUAUGACAACUGUCAAAUCAAAAACCAAUAGGAGAGCCGAACAUAGAUUUACACAUAGAUGCCUCAUUAGCGGCUGUUUUCAAUAAGCCGUCCGCCAUAUUGGAAUGGUCAAAGCCAGUCCGUGAACAUUCAAGAGUAAGUUGAAUGAGCGUCUGCAACUGUAGUUAGACACAUGUGUGAACAUCUGUAUCUGCAAAAGACUUCAGCAGAUGAUUUUGCUAAACUAACACAAGACUAAGGUAUUAGCUAACACGACAUUAAAAAGUUGCCAUAGUAAAAGUAGAAACAUUAAAAAAGUAACGUAGUAAAAGCCUGUAGUAUUGAGUUAAUACAUAUAAAAACAUUAACACAUUCUCUAAAUGUUUAACAGUCUAAAAGCAGAGUUAAAUGCAGCUCUUGUCUGCCAUACAGUCUGACAUUAAUAACAGCUCAGAUCAUACAGUGUGACAAGCAGCAGUUGUAAAGGGCUAUAAUAAAUCGUACAGUGUGAACUCUGCUUUAAUUAAAAAUGGAGACUGCUGUAUUACAUCCUUUUACAUAUCUCCACUUUAAAAUUGUUUUGUAAGCUGUACUGUAUUAUGGUCACAAUCUCAGAACCACAUUACGAGUACAUACUUUUUCCAGACCUCUAGAAUUUGUUUGUCGAAGUGUUUUUCAUAAAAGAUUGUUUUGAAGUAGUAUUUCAGAUGCUGACUUCAGUAUUAGAAUGUGACAUUUAAAACUAAGAUGGUUAAAUCAAGCCCUGCUGUUGUUUGAAUUUGAAAUGGCUUUCUUUUUUAUGUUAGUGAAAUAUAAGGUGUACAGUGGUGAGAGAAAGUCUGUGAGCUCUUUAAAAUAAUCAGGAGCUCCCCAUUAGUUUGACCUACAAUGUGAGCUGCUCAAAAUCAAUAAACAUGAAAUAAGUAAUUCCACAAAUAAACUGACUGCAACCUUGUUGUAAUGUGUUAUUUGGUCAUGUAGGGGCUGCAAAACAGCCUAAAAUAUCAAUGAAUGAGAUCAAGUAGACUUGAAAAAUAAAAAGCAAUUUAGGCCCUACUACAUUUUACUACGUGCAGAACUCAAUAACAGGUAAAGGAAACAAAAAUGUGGUUUUACUCCAUGAGUAUCCCAUGUUAUUUGUUUCUGCUGUGUAAUCAACAAAAAAAUGAAUGUGUUGGUAUCUCUGCAGGGCUGAUUUUAGAUCAGUGUAAAGGCCAGCUGUGUUUGUCUAUCUUCACUACUCAUGGACACAGAUGACCUGAACUCCCACAUGUGGACUCUUCAUCUAGACAUUUACUUUAAUUAUGUCUUUCUUCAAUAUUUUGACGUAUUUAUUGAAAUAAAAGAAUUUAAGAGAA